UCCCCCCCCCUCCCCGCGUAGCAAGAGGUCGCGAAGGAGCGCGUUACCCAGCAUGCCACGGGUGGCGCGUUCGCUCCAAGAUGGCGGCGCCUCUGGAUGAGUAUGAGAAGGAAGCGGGCUGUGUGCCGAUCCUGCAUCCUGAGGAAAUCAAGCCUCCAGCCCAUUAUAACCAUGGAUACAGUGAAACGCUUGGACGCAAAAGUCACAUUGAUGACUAUAGCACAUGGGAUAUCGUCAAAGCUACACAGUACGGAAUUUAUGAACGUUGUCGAGAGUUGGUAGAAGCAGGCUAUGAUGUACGGCAGCCGGAUAAAGAAAAUGUUACACUUCUACAUUGGGCUGCAAUCAACAACAGAUUAGAUUUAGUGAAGUACUACAUAUCAAAAGGUGCUAUUGUUGACCAGCUAGGGGGGGACCUAAACUCCACACCACUUCACUGGGCAACAAGACAGGGUCAUUUAUCAAUGGUUGUACAGCUAAUGAAAUAUGGCGCAGAUCCAUCUUUAAUUGAUGGAGAAGGAUGCAGUUGUAUUCACUUGGCAGCCCAGUUUGGACAUACCUCUAUUGUUGCGUAUCUAAUAGCCAAGGGACAGGAUGUAGAUAUGAUGGAUCAAAAUGGAAUGACUCCUUUAAUGUGGGCAGCUUACAGAACGCACAGUGUGGACCCAACACGGUUGCUGCUUACUUUUAAUGUUUCAGUGAAUUUGGGGGACAAAUAUCAUAAGAAUACAGGAUUACACUGGGCAGUGCUAGCAGGGAACACUACAGUAAUCAGUCUUCUUCUAGAAGCUGGAGCUAAUGUUGAUGCCCAAAAUAUCAAGGGGGAAUCACCACUUGAUUUAGCAAAACAAAGAAAAAAUGUUUGGAUGAUAAACCACCUGCAGGAAGCAAGGCAGGCUAAGGGAUAUGACAAUCCUUCGUUCCUCCGAAAGCUGAGAGCUGAUAAGGAGUUCCGACAGAAGGUGAUGCUGGGAACACCUUUCCUAGUUAUUUGGCUGGUUGGGUUUAUAGCAGACCUUGACAUUGAUUCCUGGCUCAUUAAAGGACUGAUGUAUGGUGCUGUUUGGGCUAUGGUUCAGUUUCUUUCCAAAUCAUUCUUUGAUCACUCCAUGCAUAGUGCUCUGCCUCUUGGAAUCUACCUAGCAACAAAAUUCUGGAUGUAUGUGACCUGGUUUUUCUGGUUUUGGAAUGAUCUAAAUUUCCUGUUCAUCCACCUUCCAUUCCUUGCCAAUAGUGUUGCACUUUUCUAUAAUUUUGGAAAAUCCUGGAAAUCAGACCCAGGAAUAAUUAAAGCCACAGAAGAACAAAAGAAAAAGACAAUUGUAGAACUUGCAGAGACAGGAAGUCUGGAUCUCAGCAUAUUCUGCAGUACCUGUUUGGUAAUACGGAAACCAGUGAGAUCCAAGCACUGUGGCGUUUGCAAUCGCUGUAUAGCCAAGUUUGAUCACCACUGCCCAUGGGUUGGUAACUGUGUAGGAGCAGGCAACCAUCGUUAUUUCAUGGGCUAUCUAUUCUUUUUACUCUUCAUGAUUUGCUGGAUGAUAUACGGAUGCAUCUCUUACUGGGGAAUCCACUGUCAGACUAGUUACACAGUAGAUGGAUUUUGGACAUAUAUUACCCAGAUUGCCACCUGUUCACCUUGGAUGUUCUGGAUGUUCUUGAAUAGUGUGUUUCACUUCAUGUGGGUGGCUGUGCUACUAAUGUGUCAGAUGUAUCAGAUUUCCUGUUUAGGUAUUACUACAAACGAAAGGAUGAAUGCAAGACGAUAUAAGCACUUUAAAGUUACAACAACAUCCAUUGAAAGUCCAUUUAAUCAUGGAUGUAUAAGAAAUAUUAUAGACUUCUUCGAAUUCAGAUGCUGUGGUCUUUUUCGUCCUGUUAUUGUGGACUGGACAAGGCAGUAUACAAUAGAAUAUGACCAAACCUCCGGAAGUGGCUACCAGCUUGUGUAACACCCAUCUUCAGCUUGUGAGCAUAUCGUAUCCGAGUGGUGCCUGAAAAUUGGUUUCUCUCGAAUCCACGAACAGUAGCAUGCUAUGAUUAGAGCUAACAAUGAAUUUAAUGGUACCUUCUCUACAUCAGUUUAUUAACAGAUGUAAACCAAGGACAGAAUAAACUGCCAAUUCUGAUAAACGGGAGGAGGAAGAAAAAGGGAUUUUAACCAUUCUUACCAUGAGAAUUAUUCACAAUACCACAUUCAGAGCAUUUUUUAUUUUAAGUGCUUUCAUAAUGGAGCAUGGGAUUGCUAAAAUUCAAACAUGUUGAGACCGUACUAUGCUUAACAUUGAAUAUUUAUUUCAUCGUUUGAAGAAUUUCAUUGGAAUUAAAGUCACAUUUCACAAGGCAGUCAGACAUUGAGAUCACUGUAUUAUAUUUCCUUUAACGGAAUUUUUUAUAUAGAUUUGCUAUCGUGUUAUGUGUUUUCAGUACUCUUAAGGAAUCGUUUGAUUUAUUAGGGAUCCAAUGCAAACUGUGAAGUUGCAGAAGUGGGAUACAAAGGUAUUGAUCAGAAAACUUUCCUAAUGUAAUGACUGUUCGCUGUUAGGGCUGUCUUGUUUUUGAUACAGUGAGUCCGUCAUAAUAAAUCUUGUGUCAAGAUAAAUUCUGGGGGAUAGGUCACACAGAGGAAGUACAGUUCUUCUGUUCAGUGUAAAUGCAUAGAAAUGUCUUAAAAUUAGACCAGAAAAUAACAUGCAUAUAAUAUGCUGCAGAAAAAAAGUUAACAUACACAGUCAAGAAAUGUCAGUGUCUGAAUAUGAAGAACAGUCCUGAACAAUAUGGUCUACAAUCAUUGGACACUUCAAGGAUUUGACAAGAAGUUACAUAGAUGGAACCAAAGAAUGAAAAGGCAAACUCUCCACAGUACAAAGAAAUGAUACAACUAGUUAAAAUGGGUGCAAUUGUUGAAAGAAAUGGAAAUUUUUGUUGCAGAAAAUGAUGGAAUUCAAUCCAGAACAAAGUAUGAUUCCUUUGUGUGAAACGUAACAGGGCUUCUUGAAGAAUUGAAGACUUGUCAGUAGGUGGAAAAACACUCUUAACUUGGUCCUUUCAAAUUCUCAAACACAGUUACAUUUUGAAGGCAAGGAGUGGUCUGAAGUUACAUUCCAGAGGAGUUUUUUGGUGUUGAAUGUGAUGCACUGAUUUUUUUUUGUUAUGGCAUUUAUAUAUAUUCCUUGUGAGUUAUUCACUGCUUCCUUAACUAUUGUUUACAGAGAGACUUGAAAAUCUGUUUAGUUCUCUAAGUGCUGUAGCAACAUGGUGGUUUGAGAAUCCUGUGAGGGUGGGUUGGGGAUGAGGGGACCUUUAAUACAGGUGAUGGAGACCACUGUAAAGAAUGUGUAUCUGUAUAUAAAUAAUUUAUCAGAUAGUUUUCUCUUUGUGAGUGUGUGUGUAUGUGUGUUAGUAAUAUUUAAAAGCUGCUCAUUUCAUUUUAUUCAACCAAAAAUGUAGGAAGAUACCUAAUGGGCUUUUUAGUGAUGAUCAAUAUUGCUGUUGAUAGGCACUGUACCCUGCAACUUCACUGCAUGAUUGAUGCUUGGCAAACCUAGCAUUUCCUGUAAUGGGCCGAUCACAGGUAUUAAAGCAAUCUAGUGGUAUUCCCGCCCCUUGCCUUAGUAAGAGGAGCAGUGACACUGUAAAUAGUUGAUGUUCAGUAUUUGCAAGUAGAAAUUUUUUCUUCUAGCUGUUUCUUUGAUCGCCAGAUGUGCGUAGUUUGCAAGUACGAGAUAUCAAGGUUUACAGAAGUGCAACCUUAGUGUACUUGAAUGUUUAAUACUGGGAAAAGUCAAUCUUAUCUUAUGACAUGCUAUUUUUGAGGGGGAAGAGAGCAAAGGUAGGCAGGGGAAGGGGGGAACUGCUUAUGCCAUUUUGUGAGAUACAGUUUAGAAAUAUAAGAAUAUAUUAUUCUUACACCAUCACUUGUAAUUUUGAUUUCAAAGCUGGAAAAAGUUUGGGCAGGGACUUUUAAUUUCUUGUUUUACAUUCAAUAUAGUGGUAUUUCACAAAAUCACUUAUUUGAUGUUUAAAUGCUGUCAGUUAUGUGUUGGUAAAUACAUUUCAUAGUACCAGGCCUUUGUUGGGCUGCUUUAUGCCACAUGGAUGCUUUAUAAAACUGAUAACAAAUAAAUCCCAUUUGAUAACAAUGGAUGAAUUUUAUGUCAGUUAAGAUGAACCUGAUAUUCUAAAUUGCAAAACUAAGAGAAAAUAUAAUAGUAGACAUAGUUCCAUCUACAGGAAUGUAUUCUAUAUUUGAAGUACCUAAAAUCUUACACAGUUCUAGGCAUCUUCUCAAGUACAAAGGUAUAUAUUCUGAAACCCUUAAUGGAAAAGCCAUCUAUAUAGCUGCUUUUGUUUGCCAAGAAAUUUGUUGUAUGUACUGCCCUAGGAAGAGUAUGGCACCAGUCCAGAUCAAUAAGUUAUCAAACAAGUAAAUGAAUUUUUUUCUCUGCCCUAGACAAACUGAUUUUAUUUUUGCAGAUUUUAAAUUUCCCAGUGCCCUCCUCCUGGUUUCCUCUUUUUAAGAAGAGUUCAUAUGCAUAACAGAGCAACAUUGUUUUCAAUUGAGUAUUUUGAUUUUUUUUUAACUUUAUUUAUAAUUGUGCCAAGUGUUAUUUUACUACUGUCAAGAUAAUGAUGCAUUACAUUGUGAACAAAAAUCUGUAAAAUGUGUAAUAAAAUAGCCCUCCUUACAUAAAUGAAACCUGUCGAUUUUUGUAAGUUAUUAAUCAAAUAAAUACUUGUCUCCUACA